AUGAGAUAUACACUUGCGCUUCUCAGCGCCUUCCUACUGCCCUUCCACUGCAUCGCUUCACCCACACCCACGUCAAUACCCUCCCCAGCCACUGCCGCUAGAGAUGUCAUAAGUUCCGUGCCAUCAGCAACCGCUCCGCCUUCUCGUCGCGAUGACGACUUCGCACCAGACAUUGCGCCGUUCUCGUUAUACCUCUCCACAAUAUCGAUCGCAGAACCUUCCAUACCAUCACUCUCACUCGACCUUCCACCUGAGACCUGCACGCCUGGUUUCAGCUCAUACGCCACUCCCGGGCUCGAUGGCUACGUGCCUGCGGAGGCAUGCAAUGCGUUAUGGGUAUACUUUCCCAACUUCGCCGCGGCAGUAGCUUUCUCCGUGCUGUUUGGCAUGCUCACCAUCGUACAUCUGGUUCAAGCAAUAGUGUACCGCAAUGGCUUCUGCUGGGUUAUUAUCAUGGCCGCUCUUUGGGAAACUGGCGCAUAUGCGUUUCGCGCUCUUGGUUCCAAGGACCAACAAUCCUCUGGCAUUGCAACGGUCGCUCAGAUCUUGGUGUUGGUAGCGCCUAUCUGGGUGAACGCCUUCGCCUAUAUGGUCUUCGCCCGCAUCGUUCACUUCUACUCACCCACUCGCAAGGUCUGGAUCUUCUCCCCCUCCAUCCUCGCACUCAUCUUCGUCACCCUCGACAUCGUCUCUUUUGUCAUACAGCUCGUUGGCGGUGGAAUGGCAGGUCCAGGUGCAAGUCUGGAAGCACAAAAGAAGGGCUUGAACAUAUACAUGGGUGGUAUCGGUAUGCAGGAAGGCUUCAUUGUUCUGUUUCUGGGGUUGGUCGUCAAGUUUCACCGCGACCAGCUCCAGGCGGAGAGGGUGGGACGCUUGCCCGCGGACAAGAUUGGUGGCUGGAAAUGGUUGCUGUACGCGCUGUACGCAUGCUUGCUGGCUAUCACUAUUCGCAUCAUCUACCGUCUCGCCGAGUUCUCCGCCGGUCUUGGCGCAAGCAACCCUCUGCCGAGCAACGAGCCUCUCCUGUACGUCUUGGAGUCAGCUCCAAUGUGGUUAGCCAUCUUUGUGUGGAACAUAGUCCAUCCCGGUCGCUUUAUCCGUGGCCCAGACGCCAAGAUGCCGCGUUCGUGGCUGUCACGUCAUCUUUGCUGCUGCUGUGGCAAACGUCGUUGCGACGACUGCAAUGGUAAGCUUGGCCACGCUGGACCUCAUCAUCAACGCCUAGGAGACGACUCGGAUCUGGAAGACAACCAGGAAAUGCAUCCCGUAUCGAAGAGUGCCGGAGGUCAUCAUGCCGUCAGCCCGACAAAUCCUUUCCUGGAUGAAACAUCUCGCGACUCUUCCUCGAAUUCCGACUCCAGGGAAGGGCACCGUCUUCGCCCUUCGUCGGCUGCCGCAAAUUUCCGCGAUGUCAGCCCAGAGCCAACAUCAUAUACUGCAUACCGUGCUCGUGGGGUUCUGGGCUAA